AUGACCGAGUCUUCGGUGAAACGAAAGCCACCCUGUAUACAGAAGAACCUCUCACGGACAAAUAAAAUACAACAAUCUUUAGAAGUGAGGGAGUCGUUAGGAGAAUUGCUGUUUGAGACAAUCGUUAAAAAACCAUUAAAACCAAUGACUACGAUAAUACGAAAUAUCCUUUCCAGAGAUUGUAAUUUUUGUGUUCGAGAAGCUAAUUGGUUCGUCGUGGAUGUCGCGGUUUUAGGUUUGGUCGCUGACGAUCCGACAGACUGCCGAGAGAAAGGAGGCGGCCUGUGGAUGGGGUUGGAACUCGGCCUCGUCGGCGUGACGCUAUUCCGGGAAUGUGGGAAUCACCACGGCUGUGAUUCAGUUCAUAUUACCCACGUUUCGCGAAAUAAAAUGGAGUAACAGCGUGCAAAUUGUCGACGUGGAAAUAACGUAACGUGGGAAUGAAGAAAAUUUGCGUCCAUAUUCGUCGAAGAAGAUUUGCCGCGAAGAGAUGCCAAUCGAUGGCAGGUUUUGCUUGUAAGACAAAUUUUUUUGAUGUUUAACAGCGUAGGAUGGGUGGAAGUAAGGAAGUAAGCCUUGGGAAAGAGACGUACAACAUAUGGAGAUAUCG